AUGCAAGGCUUUGUCAAAGACCGGCAGAGCACCAACAGCCCACAUAAUGCUCUAGCCAAUGCCCAACACGUACCCAAGACUGACCGACAAGCUGUUGGUGCUAAUGCAAGGGUAUCAAUCAAAAAUGGCCUCCCUUCUCAGCGACGCACACCAGUGUCUGGAGCUCUGGGACGUGGGUCUGCCAACGCUCAGAACAGCUCAGCUGUUCUGCAGAACCCUCGACGCGUUCAUUCGGCUCAAGGUCACACUCAAAAACGUGAUCCCUACGAUACUGAUGCAGAAAGCCUAGACACUACUAUCGACCAAUCUGUUGUUCAGUUAGAGGGUGGGCCACAGAAUCAGCAACAGUACCAUCAGAAUGGGCAAGUCUUUGAUCUUGGUGUGAGUGGCGAUGUCGGGGAAAGCAAUCAAGGCUCCGAAGAACCAGAGCAUCCUUACGAAGAGGAAAACGAAGGCAUUACCCAAGAUGAUGAGGAUUUUCUUGAAAGCAAAGGACUUGGUCACCUACAUCAAGCUCAAAAGAUUGAAUUCCUGAAGCAAGCGGGACGAUUGGAUCUGCCAGCUGUCGAAGGCGAUUCAUACCCAACUACCACUAACGGCGAGCCUUCUGAAAUGGACGGUAUACAGGAGCCGUCUUCCGGUUAUCGUUAUGAAGGCCGUCAAAGUUCCCCUUUCCAUCAGCACCCCAACGUCAAGCAUGAGCCUGGACAGUCAAAUGUGCUGCAGCCGACACACCGCCAACAGAAACUGCAUAUGCCAGUCCCGAGGCAGAGCCUUCAUAAGCCUUCGCAGCUGUUUGAGCAGUCUGCACAACUCCGCGAUCAGACGCGCGCCAAUGUGCCCAGCGUGCAACAACCUAGGCAAAACUUCCCGCAGCAUCGUGUCGUUCCUCAGUCGGGCCAGCCACCCACUUACAAUCAGUUUAAUGCAGGCGUUGCUCCUGCAGUUUUUCCCAUAUACUCAAACCCCUAUCAGAAUACCCAUGUCGAAGCCAACAAUCAGCAAUAUGUCCAUCGUCAACAACCCGGUCCUUCCCAUGUCCAGUUCCAGUUCGAGCCCGUAAAGCCAAUUGAGCCACCUGCACCCGCAGAGUACCCCUUUUCAGCACAAAUGAUACCUAAACAAACAAGCUAUCAACCACCAGUCGAACAAGCUGCGAUUGAGGAGCUUCAGGAUACCCAAAUCGAAGACUACGACGCCGAAGCGCUUUUCAACAUGAAGUAUGAAAGCCUAAAGAGCGAAAGCUUCGACACCAAUCCGCGUGCGAAGCCUCUUGUUCUCACUGAGGAAGAUGCGCAGAAACCUCUGCCCGAGCGUCUUGUACUGGUACAGAAGAAUCUCACCCCAGACAAGCAAGCCAAUUUCUUUUCCUCGCUCCCUACUAGUGAAUGGGAGGAUGCUGGGGACUGGUUCCUCGAUCAGUUCCAGAGUAUCGUUCAGCGCACGAAGCAAGCUAGGCAGAAGAAGCGUAAGCUUGCGCAAGAAUUUGAAGAAGAAGUCGAGAAGCGACAUAGGCAUGUGGCGAAGAAGCAACAGCAGGUCGAGCAGGCGAUGGAGAAGAUGAAGGCUCAAGGUGAGAGUCUGGUGCCUAGGAGUCCGAGGCCCUCGAAGAGUCCUAGACCCAGGAGAAACUAA